UUGGCUAGUCUGCAACAUGUGGUGGAAGUGUUGCCUUACAGGAAGUAAAAUAAACAGAGCAGUGUUGAGAAAUCUCUAACAGGCAUGGGGCUGAGUUACAUGCUUCUGCUCUUCUCUGGCUUGUGCUCAAUUGUCAGUUGCCAAAGGUUAGUGCCUGGCGCUCCAUAUAAGAUCGACACAAAUGACAAGAGGGUCCUAAAAGCGGCGCUUCAUGGGACCAAUUCAUUUAACAAUCAGACCAAUGAUGCUUUUCUCUUCAAGCCAUCUGCAAUUGAAAAAGCCGAAAGACAGAUUGUAAAGGGACUCAAAUACAUUUUGGAAGUAGACCUCUCACGGACCGUGUGCCGCAAAAACGGACACAAAGACCCAGACCUGGCCAACUGCAAGUUCCAACCAGAUGGUUUGUUGCAGCAGACCUUCCACUGUGUCUUUGAGGUUUGGACAAUGCCUUGGCUCCACUUCAUGAAGACUACCUAUUUUUCAUGCAGCCCAUCUGACCGAUCUUGAAGGAAGUUCCUAAGCUGUUUCUCUCCAUACAUGACUGAGCAUUUUCAUUCCUCAAAAUAAAAUUGAGCCUUAACGUAUAGUAAUAGCCA